ACCACGCUAUGUUUUUGUUGUCCCUUUUAGGACCACACUAUGUUUUUGUUGUCCCUUUCAGGACCACACUAUGUUUUUGUUGUCCCUUUCAGGACCACACUAUGUUUUUGUUGUCCCUUUCAGGACCACACUAUGUUUUUGUUGUCCCUUACAGGACCACACUAUGUUUUUGUUGUCCCUUUCAGGACCACACUAUGUUUUUGUUGUCCCUUUCAGGACCACACUAUGUUUUUGUUGUCCCUUUCAGGACCACACUAUGUUUUUGUUGUCCCUUUCAGGACCACACUAUGUUUUUGUUGUCCCUUUCAGGACCACACUAUGUUUUUGUUGUCCCUUUCAGGACCACACUAUGUUUUUGUUGUCCCUUUCAGGACCACACUAUGUUUUUGUUGUCCCUUUCAGGACCACACUAUGUUUUUGUUGUCCCUUACAGGACCACACUAUGUUUUUGUUGUCCCUUUCAGGACCACACUAUGUUUUUGUUGUCCCUUUCAGGACCACACUAUGUUUUUGUUGUCCCUUUCAGGACCACACUAUGUUUUUGUUGUCCCUUACAGGACCACACUAUGUUUUUGUUGUCCCUUUCAGGACCACACUAUGUUUUUGUUGUCCCUUUCAGGACCACACUAUGUUUUUGUUGUCCCUUUCAGGACCACACUAUGUUUUUGUUGUCCCUUACAGGACCACACUAUGUUUUUGUUGUCCCUUUCAGGACCACACUAUGUUUUUGUUGUCCCUUUCAGGACCACACUAUGUUUUUGUUGUCCCUUUCAGGACCACACUAUGUUUUUGUUGUCCCUUUCAGGAGCACACUAUGUUUUUGUUGUCCCUUUCAGGACCACACUAUGUUUUUGUUGUCCCUUUCAGGACCACACUAUGUUUUUGUUGUCCCUUUCAGGACCAAACUAUGUUUUUGUUGUCCCUUCCAGGACCACACUGUCCGUGAUGGACGUCCUUCUCUGUGUCCUCAUCUCCUGGUUCACAUGAAGGCCUGUCCUGCAGACCUCAGACCCCCACGUUUCCUAUCCAGUAACCCCAGGCCACGUCCUCCUCGCCAGGAACCGACAAAACAAAGACGAGCCUUUAGCGGCCUGAAGACGCGUUCAUGUGCAGACUCCAGGAGCAGGAGCCUGCAGCACUGCAGCACCACCAGAGGGAGGCGCUUAGCUGUUGUUGUUCCCUGUGUUCCAGUGCCAGUCUCCCCCUCUCCCAGCAGAGCCUCCCCUGAGCUCCCAGUCUGCCCGUCCAACAUCCUCCACUGUCACUGACUCUGGGCAGCAGGGGAAUGGAUCCAACCCUGCUCCAGCCUCAGCCCUACCUCAUGGCCAUACUCAGAAAGGAGAGAAGGAAACAGAGGAGAUGGGUUUCUCCAGUCCCUAGUGUCUGUGAAGGAUCUCUCUGAGUUUCACAGCCCACCAUCCAGCCAGUACAGCCGAAGCACAGACCUGGGUAGUGGCCUGAGCAGUCCUCUAUGUGGUAUUGUACCUACACUGCUUUGAAGCAAUUGAAGUGACAUGUAUUCGAAGCUGUUGCAUUCCCCAUGGGCCAAUUAGUUGUUUCAUUUAAUUUAGAAAUUCAUAAUUACUGUAAGAGACUUGAAUGUUUAAUUGUUGCCAAGGCUUGCUUUCCAAUCAUGUCAAAUGGAAGGAUAAUUAUUCCAUAUAUCCUUUUUUUUAUAGCAAAUCUGAGUGACCUGGACUCAGAGGGUGGCUCUCCUCUCUUCCAGAACAGCUCCUCUUCCAUGUCCCUGUCUGUUCUGCCCUCAUGCAACCCACAGGACCCCCCAGCACACCAGCCCCCAAACCCAGCCCCUCACCACCCUCUACACCAUCCCCUCCCUCCCCAGGCCCAACUCUGGACCACCACGGAGCCCCAGCCAGGCCAUGUCCUCCAUCCCAACCCAGACCCUACUACCCUAGCUUUCCCCUCAGACACCUGGCAGUCCUACCCCAGCCCACAGUGCAGGAUAACUCCCUGGCCAGGGUCACGGUUAGGGUCAAGUUUGACCUCAUCUCCUGUUGUGGCGGAGAGGCAGGACUGUACAUCACACCAGUGGUCAGUCCUUCCCCCCCAUCUCUCCUGUCAGAGGUGAGGAAUGAUUCCUGCCUGUCCCAUAUGGGCCGUUCACAGCCUCCUUCCAGCCUCCUCCCAGCUUCCUCCCAGCCUCCUUCCCAGCCUCCCUCCCUGUCCAGCAGCAGCCUCCACUGGUGCCCCUUACCUAGCGCCACGGGGCUGAUUGUCCACAACAUGGCUGGACAUCUUCCCUGGUACAAAGAGACGGCAGCCAACAGACAACAGAGGAAAUCAAAGCCUGGCUCUAUAGAGACGCCCUACUCAGAUCAGAUGCUCCUGUCCCCAUCGCCGGUCUGCAUUGUGAGGUUCUGCUGUCAGCCCUGUUUUGUUUCCCCUCGUAAUAAAUAACGCAGAAAGCUUUUCUUUUCCCUUUAAAGCGGCAAUAGAAAGAGGACUCUUUUGAUGAAGAGCUGGUACCGUUUGAUUCCCAGUUCAAAGGCGCGCGAGGCCCCUUCACAAUAGGGGGGAGUGGGGGGUUCCCUGCCUCGUGUGCCGUCCCCACUCAGCCGCGGCUUCCCCGCGCUCUCGCCAUUCUCCCGGUCGCUGAAAGGGAGACGUGUAGCCGAUGGUCAUAAAUCCACACUGACCACCGCACGCUGACAGGGGAAACAGUCAGAGCUACGGUCCACAAUAGAAUAUAGCGGCUUUCCAUCGCAGCUAAUUUACCGUUUAGAAUAGAGAUAAAGGACGGGGCCACUGACAUCUGACUUUUAUGGGGGGCUUUAUGAAAGACUAUGAAAAGAGAGCAAACAAUUGGGAAAUUGUGUAUGGAUUUUCUUUCUCUAUCAGAAAUGAUGAUGCCGCCUACGUUCUUCUAAGGUCCUUACUACUGAUUAGUAUCGGUUCCAGGUGCGUAGGAGUCAAAAUAAGAACACUGAAAGAGAUUUCGACCAGCACACUGUGGGAAAAAAGGAAUACAUCCAAAACUGAGGCUUGAAUGUAACAUAAAUAUGUUUAUUAGAACAUCAUGGUGCCCCAAAAAUCAAUAAAGUGCAUAAAUGAAAGAUGGGGAAAAAAUACAAAUAAUAAUUGGCCUUUGGUCUUUCUCAGUGUAAAUAGUCAGCAGAGACACCUGGCUUCUAUUUCAAGGAUAAGGAUAAUUGCAUAAUUCACAUGAUCAGAGAAUCGAUAAAUCGGUACCUAGUACAAUAGACGCGGCAUGAUCUACAUUUUAUACAGAAUAUACAAAAGCAGACAGAGGAAUAUCAUCAAUUAUAGCUUUUACAUAUACCAUUUGUGUCACG